AUGCACAGCUCCCACCACCUCCUGCUGCUCCUGUGGCCGCCCCUGCUGCUGCUGGUGGCCACCUCAGACCCCACUGUCGCCCUCACCGAAGAAGAGAAAAGUUUCAUGGUGGAUGCUCACAACAUGUACCGUACCCAGACCAACCCUCCAGCCGCCAACAUGCUGAAGAUGAGGUGGGAUGAGAACCUGGCCAAACUUGCAAUGGACUACGCGAAGCUGUGUGUGUGGGCCCACAACCCUAAACGCGGAAGGCUCGGCGAGAACCUGUUUGCUAUCGCGGGUGACAGCUUGGACAUGCAGAUGGCUAUAUCUGAGUGGCACCGGGAGCAACAUUUCUUCAACUUCACCACGGGCUCCUGUCAAUCUGGACAGAUGUGCGGCCACUACACACAGGUGCACAGUGGGCUGGGUAGGGCCCGGAUGGAGCCAUGA